AUGACCGCAGCCGUGUCUGCAGGAAGGGAGGUUCGGCCAUUUCGAUUGCCCGAUGUGGGAGCUCGAAGUUUUCCGAAUCAGAAGAGUUUUGACGAGGGUGACGAAGACGGACUUGUGCUCGAGCAACCUUUGAGAGAGAGUCAGAAAAGUGAAAGAAAUCCGAACAAUGAAAUCAUAUCGUCUCAUCAGUCGCGCAAACGACCUCUUUCACUGCCACCGCAAGCCGCUUUACGGCAGUCUCAGUACGACCAAACGAGAGAGCCAAAAUCCGAACCUUGGCCAUCGGACCAAAGACUCAAACAGCGGACAGAAGAUUCAAGUAUUUCACACAGCCAUCGAGACAGACACCACGCACACUCCAAAGAAUUGCCACCAUCGAAUCGUUGUCUUUCUCGGCAGAACAACAACGACAGCAGUCAUAGUGAUCGGGACAAGAUGUGCAACACUCCGUUCAGAAGAAAUGGUGCUGCGACGUACCAAAGUAGGAACAGUAAACAUGAACAAGAUUCUAACAGGGGCCAGUUCGAUUUCAAACAAGGAAGAAAUGCAGCACGACAGCAACAUCGAUGGCAAGGACGGAGUGAAGUUGACUGCCGGGACAAAAAUACAGGGGAAUACAGAGUGAAUGAUAGAGGCGAAUGCAAUAGAAAUCUGCCGACAAGAAGGGAAGAAGAAAAGAGGGGACUUGACGCCAGACGACUUGAAGACAGAGGGGCUUGGAGCGACAGAAGACUUGAGGGCAGGAAGGGGUGGAAUGACAGAAGGCCAGGAGACUGGCGAGAGGACGCCCAGAACAGAUCAGGAGAGAGGAGGGAUUGGAACGAGAGGAGGCCAGGGAAUGAAGCCGAUCGCAACAGACCGAAACUGUACCAUGAGCGUCAAGCUCCGCUGCGUAGGCCGUACGAUGAUCGUAGAGACAAUUGUCGACGGGACUGGAGAGAUAGUAACGAGCAAGUGAGUCGGUCUAAUGGCACCCACAGUAAUUCCUAUCUGCAAGGAUCGAGGGUGCCGCAGGAACGAAAUACUCGAGAGUAUCAAAAAGAAUCGCCGCGCCACCAGGAAUACCACUACAGAAAUGAGCGCCCCCGAGACCACGGCUUUCGGCCUCACAAGUCCACUACUGGUAGCUGGGUGGGCGAGUCGACUUCGAAUCGUCAUCUGCAGUCCCAACAUCCCUCGAAUCAAGUUCCAAGGCCCACACAAAGUGACAAGAUGAAUUUGGAAGCAAACGAAAGGCUUUACAACGAUGUCCAGAAUAUACAGGCAAUGCCAUCACCUCCUUCGUUGUCGCCACAAUCCCGGCAAUAUAAUCAGAGCACACCAACGCUGGACUACUCAAGAAAUUGCCAUGGUGGAAACGAUAAUUAUGACCGAUGUCAAUCACACGAUGAGUACCAAGAGAACCUUAACAUGUCUCGAGAUGCAUUGGUUGAUCGAUAUUCGGACAGAAACCGGAGUCAGUUCGUUUGUUCAAACUCACAGCCUCAAAGAAGUCAACUGCAACAACCAAGCGAGCAAGACAAUAGAAGAUAUGAAUACUCAUGCAAUGCAGAGCCAAGAGUUUUCCAAGAGAAACAACCACAAUCGUUAGAGAAACCUACGCUUCGAUACAACGCUCCGCCUACAUAUACUGCAAAGGUCAUUCAGCAGAGAGCAGUCAAACCGAAAGUAGCAUUGGAAUCGAAGGUCACGAACAAGACAAAGUUUGGCAUUCGACCCACAGCACAACAUAGGUCUAUUGCUGAGACAUCGGGUAGAUCGCUUUCGUCUAGCAACACUUCCAAGCCAGCUAAUGUGGCAAUAAAACCCGCGACAGAAUCCAGAAAGAUUGAACCUGCAACAAAAUCCACGUUAGGCAUUCCAAUGCGUUGGCUGAAGCCAAAUGUGAAGCCGAAGAAACCAGUCAAGAGAAGCUUUUCCAAGGAGCAAGGCAGCAUUGAAAAGAAGAAAGAGUGCAAGAAAGUGAAUGCUGCGAUUCCACGAAUCUCGAAGGUUAGCAAUAUCGAAAGAGUAAAUGGAUUGAUGUCGUCCCCAUCACACCGGUCGCCAUCUGCCAAUCGACUGGUUACUGACUCGGAAGGUGGGUCCACUCUUUCUAAUAUGAAAGAAGUAAUUGGUGAGUCAAUCGAACGCAGCAGCUCCAAUCCAAAAGUUCCCAGAGCAAUUGUUACCAAGUUGCCAGUAAACUCGAAAAUCGAGACUAAAGAUGAUGACCUGUUGAAGAGCGACAAUGACUCCUUGAGUGUCGAUGAUUUAAAGAGGGUCCCCAAGCCGCAUCCUGUGUUGCGAACCAGCACGUCUAGUUCCGCUUACACAACCAACAUCGCUACUUCGGACGACUCUGAUUCUGAUACAGAUGACGAAGAAGUGAUGAUGUGGGCAUCCAAGAUGUUUGGGGUGCCUUUUCGGCCUUCCGAUACUAGCCCAAGCGAAUUAGAUGGUCGAAAGGAAGAAUCUUCUCCUAUGAAGAAAUUGCGGUUAAAAUUGAAGCUUCCUCGCCCAGAGCGGCAAUCUGACGAUGCCAUGAAGGAUGUAGGUCGCCCAAAAAUGAAAACGAAGACCAGUAGGACGAAGCGCAAACGAAGCACAGAUAUGGAAUGCGAUAGGGAUGCGGUAGUCUUACCGUUAAAGAAAAGGAAAGGAAAGCCCAAGAAGAGGAAAUCGAUUGGGUCCGAUUCGUACAUCCACGAGGAAACAGAGGAACGACGAAUUAGAAAAGAGUCUGCAAAGCCCCUUACAGCGGAGCAAAUCAAGACUAUUCUUGGCGAAGAUGAUUUCGCGGCGCCAGGAGGAUCAAACUGGGUGCGCCGAUCUGUACGGCAGCCUUCUAAGGCUCUUCUUAGUGCAAAGCCACUGAGAAUGCUGAUUGAGAAGCUCAAACACAAUGAUCCCGAGGUGGUUGUUCUGAAGAUGAAGAAAUACAUCAAUGAUCCAAAUGCACCUUCAGUUGUUUUGGACGCAGCACUGGAUGCUCUUGAGGAGAAUACAAAUUGUCAAACCCUAUACAUUCAGAAUUUCAACGAAGGAAUGAGGGACAAACAGGUCAUACAUCUACUCCGAAUCUUGCAAAAUCCAAAGUGCAAGAUUUGGUGCCUGAAUAUUGGUGAAAAUUACAACGUAAAAACAAGAACAUGGGAUAAAUUCACAAAAGGACUGAAGAAGACGAAGAUCACACACAUGUACGCCUCUGAACACACCAUCACAACGGAAAUGAAAGAUGAAAUCCGAGCAUCGAUUCGAAACAACCGGCAAAAGCAUGAUAUGCAUAUCAAUCCAGAGAACUUACAUGUCAUCGUUCAGUGUACUCACUGCUGGUGGAAUCCAAUUAAUGCAAAGGUGCUUCGCCCGUACUUGAAGAAAGAAGGUUUCGAACACAUCUUGGCAGACAGAGAAGCCCAGGGGUUAAGAGGUUCUUCAUCUGCAGCUCCGUCUAUCUAA